UCACCACUCUCCUCUCCCAUCAUCAUCACCAACCUUUCAACAAUGGCUAUGAUCCCAUCCCUUUUCGGCAACAACAACACCACCAUCUUCGACCCUUUCUCAUUCAACAUGUUCGACCCAUCAACCGAAACCUCAGCAGCCAUAAGCAACACCAGGAUAGACUGGAAAGAAACCCCAGAGGCACAUAUUUUCAAAGCCGACGUACCAGGACUUAAAAAAGAAGAGGUAAAAGUACAGGUUGAAGAAGGUAAAGUGUUACGAAUCAGUGGUGAAAGGAGUGUUGAAAAAGAAGAUAAGAAUGAUACAUGGCAUAGGACUGAAAGGAGUAGUGGUAAGUUUACGAGGAGGUUUAGGUUACCUGAGAACGUAAAAAUGGAUCAAAUAAAAGCUACAAUGGAGAAUGGUGUGCUUUGUGUAGUUGUGCCUAAAGAAGAAGAGAAGAAACGUGACGUUAAGAACAUUGAAAUAUGUGGUUGAUGUUAGUCAAGUUUAAGGAAUGGUUGGGUAAGGAUGUUUUUAUAUAUGUUGUGUGUUCUAUAUGGUAUGAAUGUAGGGAAGUGUUUGAAGACAAAUGGGUUUGUGUUUGGGAUUUUGAUAAGAAAUGUUGGUUUGUUUUGGUUGUAUGUUGUUAAUUAUGUGUUUUGAGAAAUGGUAAUUAGAAAUAUAUGUUUACUAUAA